AUGGCGAUCGAAAAUGCCUCGGCGCAGGACCCUGAUCCGCAACCCAUACCCAAAGAGCAGGUUAUAGACAGCACGCAGUCCACUCAACUGGACGAGAAGAAGUUGAAGCAGUUCUUCAUCGGCAGUAUUGACCAGGGCACAACGAGCACGCGUUUUAUCAUAUUCGAUGGUCUCGGGGAGCCGGUGGCGCAACAUCAGAUUGAGUUUACACAGAUGUACCCCGAGUCAGGAUGGCAUGAACAUGACCCGAAAGAAAUCAUCUCGUCCAUAGAGCAGUGCAUUGAAAGGGCGACGAAUAUCUUCUUAGACCAGGGCCACGAAAUCGAGGACAUCAAAGCUGUCGGCAUUACUAAUCAGCGUGAAACGACAGUCGUUUGGGACACCAAGACCGGCGAACCACUCUAUAAUGCAAUUGCUUGGCCAGAUACCAGAACCAAGGGCCUGGUUCGAGAACUGAAGCACCACAAAGGUGCCGACGAACUGCUAAAUAUCUGUGGGCUUCCGCUGUCAACCUACCCAUCAUCGGUCAAGCUGCGGUGGAUGCUGAACCAUGUUGACUCCGUUCGAGAAGCUUACGAUGAAGGCCGGCUAUCUUUCGGCACCAUUGACACAUGGAUUCUGUACAAUUUGAAUGGCGGUAAAGAAGCUGAUAUACAUGUGACCGACGCCACCAAUGCGUCAAGGACAAUGUUUAUGAACUUACACACGGUUCAGUACGAUGACAAGCUCCUAGAAUUCUUCGGACUAGACCGCAAGAAGCUGAAUCUGCCGAAGAUUGUCCCAUCAUCAUCACCAGACGCUUUUGGGUCGCUAAGGACUGGUCUCUUGAAAGGCAUCCGUAUCGCAGGGUGUUUAGGAGACCAGUCUUCAGCUCUGGUUGGUCAACAAGGCUUCAUACCCGGUAUGGCAAAGAACACAUACGGAACCGGAUGCUUUCUCCUGUACAACGUCGGCGAGAAGCCUGUCAUCUCAACACAUGGCCUCCUCGCUACCAUUGCAUAUGAUUUUGGUGGGAAACGAAAGCCUGUCUAUGCACUCGAAGGCAGCAUCGCUGUCGCAGGAAGUGGCGUGAAAUUCCUUAUGAACAACAUGGGCUUCAUAACGCACUCACAUAAAAUCAGUGAUCUUGCAGCCUCAGUGAAAGACAAUGGCGGAUGUGUUUUCGUAACGGCUUUCAGUGGUCUCUUUGCGCCGUACUGGAUUGACGACGCCAAGGGCACCAUUUUUGGUAUUACACAAUUCACCGAGCGGGGUCACAUUGCUCGUGCAACUCUUGAAGCGACUUGCUUUCAAACUAGGGCGAUUCUCGAUGCGAUGGAGCUUGACAGCGGCCACAAAUUGAACAUGCUUGCAGUUGACGGCGGAAUGAGUAACUCCAAUCUAUGCAUGCAGACACAAGCAAACAUCAUCGGUAUCCCCGUGGAUCGUCCAGCAAUGCGCGAGACUACCGCCCUAGGUGCAGCUAUAGCAGCAGGCUUCGCGGUUGACGUGUGGAAGGAGUUUGAUGAGCUCAAGGAGAUCAACCAGAAAGAUCGUAUGAUCUUCGAGCCGAAUAUCAGCAAGGAUGAGGGCGAGAAGAUGUUCAAGAAAUGGGGAAGGGCAGUAGACAUGUGUCGUGGUUGGCUCGACGCUGACGAGGCCAAUGGAGAGUUCCGUGAUUAA